AUGUCUGGCAGUAAUAAGAAACGCAAGUAUACUCGGGCGAGAGAUCCUGCCACUGGCAGAUUUUGUGCCGCGCCCAAACCUCAACCCCCAGAUCCAGCAACGGCCGCCAAAACAGUGUCCGAAGAACAGUAUAAUGUAUUACUUGGAAAAACCCAUCGUGAUAAAGAAGGGUACCUGGAGGAGUUGAAACGGGAGAAGUCCAAAUUUGAGCAGAAAGAAAAGGAGGUUGAAGAACUUGAACGAGAAAUUGCGAGAUUGACUGAAAGCAGCAGAGAUAUUGACAGGCAGAGGCAGGAGCUUGAAGAUAAAUAUCUCAAAGAGUUUGAGCAGCAAAAGCAAGAAACUGAAGAGAUUAAACAAGAACAAGAGAGGAGAGUAGCACAUCUGCAGGAAGUGAUUCGCGAACAUGGUCUGGAGGAAAACUACGACAUUGCAUGGGACGGUGAUUUCAAAGAAAAACUGAAGAAGUUUCGGGAUCGACAUUUGAAUUAUUACACCAGCGUGAAGGUGUUAAUAGUUCUUUGGGCUUCGGAUGAUUUAGGUCUUUCUGAAGAGGUGGACAACUUGGCAAGGGUAUUCGAACAUUCAUACAGCUUCAACGUGGUGAAAUUCGCCAUACCUGAUCUUGAUCCUGCGAACGCAUUGGCGAGACGAGUUCAAGAGUUUAUAGGAGUUGAUUCUCCGGAUACCCUUCUCAUCUUUUCGUACAAUGGUCACGGCAGCAUCGAAAAUAAAAGCUGUAACGCUAUUUGGUCUGGAAGAGGCGGUGGUUCUCGUAUGCCUUCUAAUGGUAUCCAGACCCUCCUUGAGGAGUCUAAAUCAGAUACCCUUCUGUUGUACGACGCGUGCCAUUCUGCAAAUACUGCUAUAUCACUUGACCCUCCAGCAGGAAGUGUGACAGAGUUAAUCGCGGCAUGUGGAUUUGAAGCAAUUGCCCGAACGGGCGAAAACUCUUUCACGUCCGUAUUCACACGGGAAUUAUCUUCUGCUGCAACACAAGGAGCUGUGUCGGUUUCUAGACUGUACAAUCGAGUACUUGCUCGUCUGAGAAAUAACCGGGACCGCAAAACAAAUGCGACACCCGUUCGUUGCACGUUGGUAUCCGACGACGAUCGGACAUCCAUCAUACUCGAACCGUUAUUGCCACCCCCAAUCAUCGCGUCUCACCAGUCGUCAGAAUUUUUGGAUGGCGUGAAUGCAGUGUACAAUAUUGGAAUUGUAAAAAGAGGACUGAAAAUGGGUGACACUUCUGUCUUUUUGAAAUGGUUGUUGCGAGCCCCAUCUGAUGUUAUCGACGUCCAACUACGCCGCAUCAACAUUCAGAAGCAAACCUCAUCGAAUGGUGGUCAUGAAUCUUGA